GUCUUGUUGCCAGGCAACAAGAUUACUAGCUGACUACUUGUCCGGCUUGAGCCCUGUUGAUUUGAAGACCGCAAUGGAGGACCCGGGCGGGCUGAUUCUGGACGAGACGCAUUGUUUCCUGGCGCUGUGUCAGCAUCCCUGCUGCUGGGAAGCAGAGAGGCGAGUUUAUAGAGGCUUCCCCAGGUACACCAAGGCGAGGACUGCACCCACGGUCUCACAAGAAGAAGGGCUGCCAACACUGAAAGUCCUGAACAUACCAAUGUGGAGAGGUGCCGAGGAAGCUCUAGGAUUGCUCCCUGGGUCCUCCGGUCUGAUAAACGGCUCAGCCCUGCUGCUCUCCAGCCUCUCUCCGGGCCAUGUUAAGGACUCCAGUGCUUUCACUGAAAGCAUGGAAAACAUUCAUUUCCCCGGGCUGAACUCGCCCAGAACUCCUGGCUGCCAGAGGCGGAAGGACAGGACUCGGAGCACAGCCUUCCCAACUGCCAAAGAUGCCAAGGACAUUAAGCUGAGCCGGAUCCAGUUUGAUUCAGCACAUUGUGGUUCUGGGUACUCUUGUGGCACUGGCUCCAUCAUGGUGUGGCUGCCCAGUCCACAGCACAGCCUGCACAGCUCAACCUGCCAUAGAGCACAGUCUCCACAUAUUUCCAUCAAAGAAGUGACAUGCAGCCUCCCUCCUCUGAAGACGAGCACAGCUCUUAAAACGAAAAGAAAGAAGCGACCAGAUAUAAAGACAGUCCUGCCACCCCCCCCCAACCCUGUGCAGCUGCACCCAGGUGAGGACGUGGAAGCAGACAGGCCCCAGGUGGACGGAGAGGGGUGCUCUGAUCAGAGUGAGGACCCAAACCCCACCAGCCCACCGAGGGAAAACAGUGCCCCCUUCAGGAACAAGCCGGUAGUUUUCCACUGUGUCAAAGAGCGGAGUUUGGAGAGGGAGAGGAGACUGAAGAAGGACCAUUCACUGGACCCCUCCGGACCCCAGUACAAACUAGACAACAACAAGCAGGAGGGCAAGAGGACCGUUGACUGGGACUGCCUGAGGAACCAGCCUUACCUCUGGAAGAAACACGCCAAGGCCGCCAGUCAGGGCACAGCCAAGACCACUGCCCCAGAGCCAAUCCCAUUGAAGGUGCACCCACCCCAGCCCUGGACAGACUUUGGCUUUUACCCCACCCCUAGGGCAACUGCAAGGACGCUGCACUGUGGCCCAGACUGUGCUCUAGCAGUAGGCCCCGCGCAGCGCCACUGCCCGCGAUGCGCUGCUGGGUCUUGGCAUUCCGGGUGCAGCACAAAAGCGUCCUUGCCUGCCGAAGAAGCCGCCCCUGCAGAAUCGAGGGGCAGCCGUCCCCUCCUCCCCCUGAGCACCGCGCACCAGCCACAGGGACCCCGGCAGCAGGCAAAGGACGAUAAGAGCAGCAGCAGCUGGAUACAGGAGAACAGAGGCACCAUUCCUCCCUUCAACUCCAUGCUCUGCAUCCAGGACCCAGGGCAGCAGCACAGGCUGGAAUCGGAGGAGACGGCAGCUGCCUCUGAAGCUGAUCCCGGCGCGGAUGUGGGGGCCGGAGGAGCAGGAAAGGAGGUUGACGGAGGCGCAGAGGAGGGGUGCGGAUCGUCUGUACAUUCAGAGCCCAUCCCACUGCCACCUCCGCCCACCCCACGAUGCACCCAGGACUUCCCAGACCUCACUCCCACUCCAGGCCAACCGCCCGAGAACAGACGGCACUCUGGGAAAGCUGGAGGUCAGAGUUCAGAAAACGAAGGUUCUCUUUCAGAGACGGUAUGAUACUCCCAGACUGAGGAGCACAUGUUAAUGACAAACCUAAUAACAACAUGCUGGUAGAAUAAAUAUAAAAGUGUUUUAGUAUACCUAAACUGGAUAAUGUAA